UGUGCGUCUGAAAUAUUUGCAGGUAUACGUAACGUGCUUGAAUACGUUUAGUUCAGCUUUUAGGGUUAUUAAUCACAAGGUAUCUAGCAUUAUGCUAAUGCUAGUACCUACGUAUUACAGUGAGGAUAAAAAACGAACUGGUCUUUUCAUAAACGUGCACUAAUGUUUUCGUUAAAUACAUGGAUCACAUUGAACACUACUGAACAUCCCGCUUGUUACUGAGCAGUGAUUGGUUAUUUGCCAUUGGAGAGUGACGGAACCGCCAAUAGCCGGGAACAAAUAUACAUUGGGAAGAAUUAUACGCUACACCAGUAGUAGUUUACGAAUAGGUUAGCGCAGUGUAACUAAAACAAUUCGAUGCCUACUAGAAAAUAAACAAAAUGAAAUUGUAUUGUUUAUCAGGUCACCCGACACUGCCCUGCAAUGUGUUGAAGUUCAAAUCCACCACAAUCAUGCUGGACUGUGGGCUCGAUAUGACCUCGGCCCUGCAUUUCUUACCACUUCCUUUAGUGCACAGUCCAAGAUUAUCAAGACUCCCUGGAUGGGUGUCCAAAGAUGGAACUGUUAACUUGGAAAAAGAGCUGAAGGAGUGUGCAGGCCGGCUGUUUGUGGAUUCUUUGCCCGAAUUCUGUCUUCCCGAGAAAGAGCUGCUGGACUUGUCCACCAUCGAUGUCAUCCUGAUUUCCAAUUACCACUGCAUGAUGGCAUUGCCCUAUAUCACUGAACACACAGGCUUCACUGGGACUGUCUAUGCCACAGAACCCACACUCCAGAUUGGGAGGCUGCUGAUGGAGGAGUUGGUGAACUUCAUGGAAAGGGUCCCGAAGGCACAAUCUGCUACCUGCUGGAAGAACAAGGACAUUCAAAGACUUCUCCCAGGCCCUCUGAAGGAGGUUGUUGAUGUGUGGACUUGGAAAAAAUGCUACAGCAUGCAGGAGGUCAACUCUGCUCUCUGCAAGGUCCAGCUGGUGGGCUACUCUCAGAAAGUGGAGCUUUUUGGUGCAGUGCAGGUCACACCACUGAGUUCUGGCUACUCAUUGGGCAGCUCAAACUGGAUCAUCCAGUCACAUUAUGAGAAGGUGUCAUAUGUCUCUGGUUCCUCUCUCCUCACAACACACCCUCAGCCUAUGGACCAGAGCUCGUUAAAGAACAGUGACGUCCUCAUCCUGACGGGCCUGACACAGAUUCCCACCGCCAACCCAGAUGGCAUGCUGGGAGAGUUUUGCAGUAACCUGGCCAUGACGAUCCGUGCUGGGGGAAAUGUCCUGGUGCCGUGCUAUUCCUCAGGUGUGAUCUACGAUCUGCUGGAAUGUUUGCACCAGUUCAUCGACUCAGCCAACCUGGGCACAACUCCCUUCUACUUUAUCUCGCCCGUUGCCAACAGCUCCUUGGAGUUCUCGCAGAUCUUUGCAGAGUGGCUCUGUCAGAAUAAGCAGUCGAAGGUAUACUUCCCUGAGCCACCGUUCCCCCACGCAGAGCUAAUCCAAACAAACAAGUUGAAGCACUACCCCAGUAUCCACGGCAACUUCAGCAACGAGUUCCGUCAGCCCUGUGUGGUGUUCACCGGACAUCCCUCCCUACGGUUUGGGGACGUGGUACACUUCAUGGAGCUGUGGGGCAAGUCCAGUCUCAAUACCAUCAUCUUCACCGAGCCAGACUUCUCCUAUCUGGAUGUCCUGGCCCCCUACCAGCCCUUGGCUAUGAAGUGUGUGUACUGCCCCAUAGACACCCGGCUCAAUUUCCACCAGGUCUCAAAGCUUCUUAAGGAAGUCCAGCCGCUGCAUGUGGUGUGUCCAGAGCAGUACACCCAGCCCCCCCUGUCUCAGGCCCACCGUGCAGACCUCAUGCUGGAGCUACAGCCCCCUCCUAUGCCUUACCGUCGCUGUGCUGUCCUGGGCCUGCCCUUCCGUCGCCGCUAUGAGCGCAUUCAGCUGCUGCCCGAGCUUGCCAAAUCUCUGGUUCCCUCCGAGGUCAAACCUGGCAUCUCCGUGGCAACUGUCUCUGCAGUCCUGCAGUCCAAGGACAACAAGCAUAUGUUGCAGCCUGUACCCAAGCCCGCCCCUGCCCCGCCCAGUAAGAAGCGGAAACGUGUGGUGGAGGAGCCUCCCGAGGUACUGACCCCAAAACCACUACUGAGUGGAGCUGUGCCCCUGGAGCACUUCCUGGCUACCCUGAGCAAGCAUGGCAUCACGGAGGUAAAGGUGGAGGACACGGUAGAUGGACACAUCCUGCACCUGCAGGCAGAGGACACGCUGAUCCAGCUGGAGGAAGAUGGGACACACAUAGUUUGUGACAACAAUGAACCACUGCGCACUGUCCUGAGGGACCUGGUGCUGCGCUUCCUGCAGAAGCUGUGAGCCCCAAAACAUUGCCAUCCAUUCUGGCCGCAAAAGCCAUACUCCAUAUUUCAUUCUGACUUGAGAACUAAUUCUGAAUCCUAAAAUUCAUCUCUGCAACCAAGAACCGUCACCUCACAAUUAUGGACUAUAAACCCACUCUCCUCACCAGAUUCGAGUGCUGUAAAUUGAAGUCCUGUGUAAGCACAGGAUACCCCCAGUUUCACCCUGACCAGAGAGCUAUGAAUUCUGAAGUAGAGCUGUUGCUGUCAACCUCACAGCUCCAUCAUAGAAACUUUUUGAAGGUUUAUUCUGCAAAAGGAUUAUUUUGAGGCUCCAGAAAAAUGUUGGUGCUGUAAUAGUAUAAUUCUGGCCUCAUUUUCAAUUGCUCUCCCUCUUAGUUUCUUCUCUUAAUUGAUAUUUUGUCCUUGGUCUUUGUACUUAAAAAUAAAAUUCUUAAAAAUUUUUA